AUGCCGAAGAAACGGACUCCAAAGCCACCACCGCCGCCGCCGCCGCAGAUGGAUCAGCCGUACCCAACUCCGCCCGAACAGUUUCAAACACCCGCAUCGUGCACAACCCACGAUGCUCACAUGCCGGGUAUAUCCGGGGUGGACAUGGGCGCUCUCCCGAGCAGCCCCGACCAGCACAUGCCAUCUGAAGUCCCUCUGUCAUUCGGCUUCUCGCCCUUCGACGACUUCGACUCGCCAUUCUCCCCGGUCGAUAUUGGCUUCUUUGGGCCGCCACCGAUGGCCGUGCAGCAGCUGCACCACCAUCAUCCCGGCGCCUCUCCAGCACAAGAACCACCACCACCACCACCCAACGCACUGGCGCCAACUCCAACACGAGAGCCGCCAACACCACGAGCAGCACGCGCAGUCUCGACAGGCCACAGCAACAGCAACAGCAACACCACCACCAAACAGCACACCACCAACCGCUGCUCAGCCUUCCAAUCCUCAUCCAGCUGCCUCGACGUGCUCAACCGCACUUUGCGCGACCUGCAGCAGAGCCCGGUCGAGGGCAAGACGCUGGACCACGUGCUGCGGCUGAACCGGGCGCUGCUGGACGUGAUGCGCACCGUCAUCGACGAGUGCGCGGCGGCGCACCACCCGGCGGUCGACUUCACCGUCUACUUCUGCCUCGUCAAGCUCAUCUCGACCUACCAGGAGGCGCUGUACAUGCCGUGCUGCGCCGCGACGUCGGUGCAGUUCGGGUCCUACGCCGUCGACGCGGCGGACCAGGCCGCGCUGAAGUGCCAGAUCAUACUGAUCGAUGUGAGGAAGAUCGCGGCGCUGCUGGAUCGGCUGCAGGCGAGGUGGAUGAGGCAGCGGGAGGGGGAGGGCGAGGGGGAGGGGGAGGUGGAGGAGGAACAGGAGCAGGAGCGGCAGCAGGUGGGGCAGGCUGGUGGUGGUGGUGCUGUGGGGAGGACGAGCAGUCGGUGCAGGCGGCAGUAUCAGUUCUUACACCGCUUUGCGACGAACGAGGUGGGUCGGGUCCUGAAACACGUACGGUUAUUGGGAGGAUGA